CGCUCGGCGUCGUUGAGCGAGUGAGCGAGCGAGCUAAGCGAGCGGGCGAACGAGCAACUAACGAGUGAGUCGAAGUAGCAGCCGCGCGAGUUCGUCUGCGAAUUUCAUACUCUCGGUGGUCGGGUGGUAGAGUUGCUUUAAGUACUCGAGUAGUUAAUCGCGUGGAAUUGCCGAGCGGGGACGAGACAUCGGUGAGCCCGUUGGAGUGGAUCGGAACACGCUACCAAAGAGGAAGAAGAAGAGAAGAAGGAGGAGGAGGAGGCGGCGAGAGCGAAAAGAGACGCCGGCAGACAUGGAGAACAGGCCGGCGCCGUUACGCUCGCGGCGCGUCUGCCGAUUUUGCUUAACGGAUUCGGAGCCUCUAAGCUUCAUCUAUGAGCGUGACCACAACAAGCCGUUCCAGGUGCCGCUCGCGUUGCAGAUCAUGUCCUGCGUCGCCAUCGAGGUCUAUGCUGCAGACGGGAUGCCGCAGAUGAUCUGCAAUAUGUGUCGUUGGAAUCUGGAUCGCUCGUAUAAAUUUAAGUUGCAAUGCAAAAAGGCUGACGAAGCAUUGAGAGACUACCCUCUGUCUGGAGUAUUGCCGAGACCCUUCCCUCCUAUUCCCAAUGAUCCUCCGACGGAAAUUGGCAGCAAGAGACCCGUCGAGUCUAGGUCACAGAACGAGAUUUCAAAAAAGCAACGCACUUCUGAUAACGAUAGUAGAGAUACUAGACGUGAGACCAGAGAAAGAGAGAGGGAGAGGGAAAGGGAGCGACAAAAUGAAAAACAGAAUGCCAACGAAGAGCAUCUUUACGAAGAGGAACAGGAUGGAGGCAGUGAGGGUGAACAGGAAGUGAGUAACAUUAAAGAGGAGAGAAAACUAGAGCCGGGAGAGAUCAGAGUGCAUGCAUGCGAGCAAUGCGAACGUACGUUCCCAUUACGUCAAGCUCUAAUGUUGCAUGUUCAGCGCGCUCAUCGCGAUCGCAAUUACAAAUGCACCGAAUGCGACCGACACUUUUUUACCAAAUACGAUCUGAGUAAACAUAUGAGUACACAUUCGGAAGAAAAGCCGUAUACGUGCUCGAUUUGUCAAAAGCAGUUUUCGCGGCUGACUCAGCUGCAACGUCACGAGAAAGUACACAGAGAAGAGACGCGUUACGCCUGUCCCCAUUGCGAUCGCGAAUUCUUCACCACGGAGGAGCUCGAAAAACAUGAGGAUUCGGCACACAAGAAAGAGAAGCCGUUCCAAUGUAACAUUUGCAACAAACGUUUCCAAUACAAACAGGGCUUGGAACGCCACGAAAUGCUGCAUAAUGAAGAUAAAACAUUUGUAUGCGACUACUGUAAGGAGGCCUUCCACACUAGCACAAAACUGGCCCGACAUCUAUCUACCCAUGCUGGUCAUCGACCAUAUAUGUGCAAAUUGUGUCCUCGCACGUUCCUGCUAUCGCAUCAUUUAACUAGACACAUGCGUACCCAUUCGGUGGAGAAGCGCCAUGUGUGCGAGGACUGUGGUAAGGCAUUCAAACGCAAGGAAAGUCUAGAGGUGCACCAGUUGACACACACGAAGCGCACUGGUAUGGGCCUCACCUGUGAUGUUUGUCAGGAAUCAUGUCGUAAUCGUGCCGAUUAUGUUACUCACAUCAAGCAGCACAUCGAGGCGGGCGAGAAAAUGGGCCCGGACGGUUUGCAGCCCGACAAUAAAAAGAAUGUUGAACUAGAUUCUGAUGAAGAAGAAGAAGAAGAGGAUCAAUAUUCUGAUGGGGACGAUGAUUACGAGCCGCCGGCGUACAUUGUAAAAAAGUUACCAAAACCGCCAAAGCCCUCAGAAAGUGAAGAAGAAGAAGAGGAAGACGAGGAGGACAGAGAAGACAAAGAAGAGAAAUCCGAGAGACAAGAAAAGGAAGAACGCAAGGUGGUUUUCGUACGUGGAAAAGAUGGCAACAUGGUGAAGAAGACCAUUAAAACGUUAAUGCCCAUCCAGCGUCGUGAUGUUCAAGAGCAAAAAGUCACGAAACAAACUACUUCUCAGAGCAGCUCGAAAGGUCUCACGUCAUCGCAGAAAGAGGAGAGCCCCAAGGGCAGCCACGUGGAUGACACUGAGGCGCAAGUGCAAAAGAUCGUUGCCUCAGUAUUCAAGGAACACAAGAUCCCGUUAAAGCACCAAUCGAAUGUCGAUCAAGAGUCUAAGGAAUCAAUAGCACCUACGAUAAGAUCGCAAAUCACUUCUCAAGAAAGUCGCAAAGAUAAUGAUAAUACAGAGACUUCAGCAUCCACUCCGAAAACCAUCAAGGUGAUUAAAAGAAUUGUGACGAGGAAACCGGCAGGAAGUAGUAACGAAGGAAGCACAUCAGUACCAAGUACACCUAGUGUCAAGGACGGAGACUCUUCUUUGAGCGGUACUCCCGGCACGCAUAAGAUCAGACGGGUGAUUGUUCGUAGAAUUAUCCGACAGGGUGACACUACUCGUGAAGUUAUUAUGAAUCCCGAUGGUACCACGAUAGAUCCUGCGGAACUGGCGAAAUUACCGGCUGGCAAUGUGGUGAAGCGAGUAGUAACUAAACUACCGCUCGAUAAGAGUCAGAAUUUGAUACAAGCAGUAUUACAAUCCGCGAAACAACGUCAAAAAACAGAUGUUAUUCCGAACGAGAAGUUCGAAUUGAAGACUUCGGCGUCAUCCAGCAGCGGUACGCCAAAGAGUUCGACCGUUUCGCAAAAAACGCAGUUGAUCACUCAGGGCCAGGAUCAGGAAACCAAGGAGAAGCUGGAGCAAUUGGAGAAGCGAGUGGAGCAGCAAAGGCUGAAGAUCGAGGAGUUGCAGGCGAAGAAAGCGCAGCAGGACUACGAGACGAUUGAUGAGAUACCGGAGCGACAUGACGAGUCUGAGGAUGAACAGCAGCUACCGCUCAAGAGAGUAUUUGUGAAACGGAAACAAAGUAUAUAUGAUGAGGAGCGGGAAUAUAAUGAUGAUACGGAAACGAUAAAAAGCAAUUUGAUCCAAGUAGAAAAGGAAGAAACGGAGAAGGUUCUGUUGAAAAAAGAAGAGAGUCCUACCGUGGAGGAAACGUUAGAAAAUGUUCAGAAAGAAAUUCAAAGUACAGUGAGCGGUAAUAGUACUAUUACGUCAAGUAGUACACCAAUUCCGAAGAAGGGUCCAACUAUCUCGAGUAACAAGGUGUACUCGAAUAAGCGUUACAUGAUUGUAAAGCCCGGUGACACAUCAGAGGUUGAGGAAAUGAGUCGGGAAUUGUGUAGCAUUUUCGAGACUACCGACAAUGUGGUGAAGAUACAGGAGACAGUUUUAAGUAAUCUCACGCAAAUUUCUGGUAUUGCAACAUCGUCAACGCCAGGUACGUCUGUGAAACGAAAGACUGACUCUGCGAUAGUUGACGAGCAGUUGGAUCAGAACAGCAUAAUAAACGAAGAGGAUAUUAAGCAGGAGACGGCGAUGGAGGUUGAAGUUGUGCAGGAAACGGAGAUCAAAUUGGAUCCUGAGGUGGAGGAAUCUGCGCAGAUCAUCGCCGUACAAGAGGAGAGUCAACCUGACUCCGGCACAAUCGCACUGGACACUCAAGAUCUUUCGGAAACUGCUUCGAUUUUUGAGGCAUCAGACGACGUUUUAGAUAUACAAAAAUCAGCGAGCGAUAAUCUGACCGAAUCCGUCAUUGAAUUGUCACAGGGCAAUAACACUAUCAAUUUGAACGAUACUAAUGAUAGCCAGGACAGCUUGGAGGACAAGCUUUCACAGAUGGAAGGUUGAAGGUUUGUUCUUUUUUUUCUUGGUUGAAGUGUUUUACUAAGUAAAAAUUAUGC